UUCCCUUAGCAGGUCUUGGCACUGACAGAUGCGUUGUCACGCGUAGGAGUCCUGAGCCAUACUCCAUCUCUCUUUUUUUAGCCCUCUCUCCCCCCACCCCUCUGUCCUCCUCCUCUUUCUCCUCUGCCUCCUCCUCCUCCUUUCGAUAUCUCUAAUAAGACACAUGCUCCUGAGCUGAAGCUCUCACACACACACAAGCCUGGUGUGUAUGCUCCCUGGGCCGGCUGUUUCCUCGACGCGCCACCUCUGCUGCUGCUGCGGCCCCUCUACAUGGGUUGAAGGGCCUGGGUCUCUCCCUCUCUUUCUCCAUCUCUCUCUGCCUCCUUCUCUCUCUCUCUCUCUCUCUCUUUGUCUCUCCCGAUUACAGUAGUUGCCAGCGUGUCUCGUCUCCUCUCCCUCUCUCUCUCCCUCUCCCUCAUCUGCCCUCCUCCUGUUUUGCCUGGCGUCCUGUUCGUCUGACGCUGCUCCACCGCAACUCGACCCGAGUUGACCCCUUGAUGUGUGCUAUGGGUCGUGCCCCGGGUGUGUUCGGACUCACAGCUUCAGCCCCGUCAUCACCACCAGCAUCGCCGCCGCCGCCACCAGCAUCAUCUUCCUCAUCCCCACCAUCCUCAUUCUCGUCCGCUGCCAGAGUAGCCUCACCAGCCUCUCCCUGCGUCGUGGGGAGCCACAGGUGCCAGUGGCAGUAAAAAGGAAGUCAGCACUAGCUGACUGACCGCCUUUUUAUCCGGCUCUUCGACCUGACUGGUGGUCCGCCUGCCCUGAACGGCUGAUUGUAGCUCCAGGUCCCAGAGCCAUCUCCAGCCCCAGCAGAGGCUGGGUGGAAGUGAGGGGAGGCCUACGGAUCGGCGCACCUGCAGGAGCAGGGGGGAGAGCACACCCCCCCACAGCCGGCCGGCAGAGACUAUGCAGCCGGGACUGCUGGCCCUGGCCGUGGUCAUCCUCAGCACGUCCAUAGGACACGGCAACGACGGAAGCCUCAAGCCCGGCAAGGCGAGGAGGCAUAGACGCAUAAGUACUGAAGUGCCACCGCCAUCUUGCUCAAAUGGCUGUGAGAACUGUUCAAAGGACAACGGCUGUCUGAAAUGCCGCCCUCGCCUCUUCUUCCUCCUGGAGCGCAAUGACAUCCGCCAGACGGGCGUGUGCCUGGCCUCCUGUCCCGUCGGCUACUUCGGCAUUCGACAGCCGGACAUGAACAAGUGUGCUCAAUGUAAAAUAGAAAACUGUGAGGAGUGCUUCAGUCGAACGUUUUGCACAAAGUGUAAGGAGGGCUUAUAUUCUCACAGAGGCAGAUGCUACUCCAGUUGCCCAGAGGGACACAGCACAGUCAAUGGCACUAUGGAGUGUGUGGUGCAAUGUGAGCUGGGUGAAUGGAGUGCCUGGGGCCCGUGCAUGAAGAAGAACAAGACGUGUGGCUUUAAGAAGGGCACCCAGACGCGUGUCAGGGAGCCAGCGCAGCCCCCCAGCCCCGACACGGCCUCCCGGCCCCCACCUUCCUCCACCUGCGCCCCGGAGACCGAGAGCCAGAGGUGCACCGUUACCAAGAGGGUCCAGUGUGGUGGGAAAGGAGGAGGAGGCAGGGGGAAAAAAGACAAACAAGAUGGCCCGAGGAACCGUGAUAAAGGCACGGGCAGCAAGAACCGUGGCAAUAAAGGAACAGGAGGAGGAGGAGGAGGA